AUGGCUACACUCGUGUCUGCGCUGCUGUGCUGCGCGUCUGUGGUGCUGCUGCAGCUGGUCGCCAUGGCGGGCGUGUCUUCUGGCGCAGCCCUCAGUCCAGCCCAGCCCGCCGUCACUGCAUCCCCCAGCAGCAGCGCCGAGCCGAGCUCCACUUCUGCUGCUGAGUCCCCAAGAAACGGUAGCAACGACGAGAAACGCCAAUACGACUGGGGCAAGGUGCUCAACAUGUUCUUCGACCUGGUAACGAACAGCAGCAGCGCCGCAUCUCGUCACCACUUUGCAGAGCUAAAGAAGCAGCUGAACGACCUGUCCACCGGACUGCACCAGGACUCUCAGUUGUCGACGCACAGCUCAGAGGCCAUCGGCCGUCUUUUGGCUGGCUUCGAGGGCCUUCAGCAGCAGAUACAAGAACUCCAGACCGCACAGAGCGGAGUGCAGAGCGAGAUGGAUGAGCUCCGAAGCGGCGUCGCUCAGAUUCGGGAUGUGGUGACUGAGAUGAUGCCUCUGCUGGUCUCUGUUCAUCGGCAGGUCCUUCUGUCCUGUCCGGACAACUGGAGCCGACACGGCGCCUCCUGCUUCCUCGCUCCUGCACGGAGCGUCACGUGGCACGACGCCAAUCGCACCUGCGUCCAGAAGGACCGGCGCGCCCAACUGGCCUCCAUUCAUGAGGACAAUGCCGACUUUAUCCGCCAGCUUCUCAGAGAGACCCAAGGAUCCAACUUCUGGAUCGGCCUGAGGCGGAGCUAUGAGGAUCCAGGCUGGGCCUGGACGGACGGCUCCCCACUGGACCACACCGCCUGGCGGGCAGGAGAGCCCAACAACGCUGAGGGCGAAGAGAACUGUGUGCACGUGAACAAACGGUCACACGGUUUACAGGACUGGAACGACAUCGAGUGCUCCCGACAGAUGAAGUAUCUCUGUCAGAUCACAACCCGUCAGCAUAAGACGCCCUGGUAG